CAACAGGCAGAACCAGAUUCCCCAAGCGUAAAGUAAGCAAUUUGCUCUGUUGUACAUCAUAACUGGUGAAGGCUCUCACACUCCACAGCUUUCUAAGAUGCACUUUCCCAAUGAUUAUUAAGGUCUAGGUCCAGGAGGAUUAAGUAAGCAGAAACUGUUUUAAUGGAAACCACACUCCUGCUCUGUUAUUUACCCUCACAAGGAUAUUGGAAAGCACCUUGAAGCACCAGAUCCUAAAGAGGCUUCCGGCAACUCAGGAUUUUUAAAAAAGGUUUACACAACUGUCUGGUUUUAAAAAGAACAGAACCACAGAAAACUCUACAGAAGAUGAAAGACCGCCUUCAAGAGCUUAAAUUGCGAGCAAAGGAACUGCAAUUAAUAGAAGAAAACAGCCGUUCUCCUAGUGUUGUGGCAGAGGAAAAAGAACUUGAACAAACUGCUGUCAUUUUUGAAAAGGAGCCCAUAACUGAAAGGUACCUGAAUGAAAUCCAGCAACUUCACAAUGAUAUUAACAAUUUGGCAGCAGACGUCCAAAAGUUCAGCCAGCAGCAAAAAAGCCUAGUGGCUUCCAUGAGGAGAUUCAGCGUACUUAAAAAGGAGUGCAGCAUCACAAAAGGGAUAAAGGUUCAAGCAGAACACAUUAGCAAGUGCUUGGACGACUUGUCAAAAACACUGAAGAAAGCAGAGAAAGAACAUGGUUCAUCAUCUGCCAUUAUAAGGGUUCUGAGUGCUCAGCGGGCGGUCCUAUUCCGUCGCUUCCAAAAUAUCAUGUUUCUGUACAACGCCGCCAUAACAGCCAAGCAAGAAAAAUGCAAAGCUUUUAUUGUGCGCCAGCUUGAAGUGGCUGGAAAAGAAGUCUCCGAGGAAGAACUGAACGACAUGGUACAACAAGGAAAAUGGGAAAUCUUCAACGAAAACUUGCUCACCGAGGUCAAUAUCACAAAAGCUCAGCUAUCUGAGAUUGAACAGAGACACAAAGAACUGGUCAAUCUGGAGAACCAGGUGAGAGACUUGAAGGGCCUCUUUGUCCAAAUCUCACUUUUGGUGGAAGAACAAGGCGAAAUGAUCAACAGCAUCGAAAUGGAAGUUGUCAAUACUCAGGACUAUGUUCAGACAACAACAGAGAAAUUCAGGAUGGCAGCAAAGUAUCGAAAGAAGCAUCCGUGCAGGGCAAUAUGCUGCUGGUGCUGUCCCUGCUGUUAAUAGGGGGUUUUUUUGGGGGGGGGGGAAAUACAAGCAGUUAAAUGUUCUUUGCAAUAGCCCUAAUCCAGUAUGUAAUGAACAUAGGUGACCCUGCUUUUGGGGGGGAGGGAUUGUACCAUCAGGCAAAGCCACAGUUUGAUUCAACAUUUCCUUUCCUUUCACAUGCCCUGAAUGCUGCAAUAUUUGGCAGGGGAUCUAAGGAACAAAAGGGGUGACUUACAAGGGAACAGCCAGACUUUCUGACGCUCAUUCCCUGCCAUUGCUUUUUAAGAUCUAGUAGAGGACUUUGCUAUAAUGGUGAAGUUUCUCAAAAAGGGGAACAAGGUCGUGCUGGGUGUAGCAGGAUGGAGUUCUGUUACCAGUCACAGGUCACAGGAACUAGUCAAGCAGGUGCUUGUGACAACAGGUACAACCACGUGCCACACAGCACUUGCCUCCACAUUCGAUUCACUUCCUUGGGAAGUGACUGUAUGCCCCUAGCAAUUUUAUUCAGCAGUUUAGAUGAAGGAAAACUGCAAGCCCAGAGUAAUAAAUGCUAGGACAAUGUCAUCCAGAAUGUGCUCAGCAAAUUUGCAGCGAGUUCACAUUCCUCUGUUGUAUGGCUUUUCUAAGAACAAAGAGUUUGAAAUAAUUUGUGACUGUGGUAUUUGACAAAAUACUAUUUGAAGAACAGGGAAAUAGAUUGUUAAGCUACAAGAGCUGCACUGAAACAGGUUAAAAGGGGGAGAGAUUACUACAAAAACAUUGUAUGUGUAAAAUCUUUAAGAAUGCAGUAAAGAAUAUACUGUAGCUAUUUUUGUAUGUUACACAUUUUCUUCCAUGUCAUUUGUAUAAACAUAACAGUUAUAUGAUAUUUUGGGAGAUGUGCAUAUGUAACCAAGGUCUUGGUUUAUACUUUCAAAACAUAAAAAGUUUUUUCAAUAUAUAUGAUUUAAAAAAAAACAAAAAUUGAUGCAAAUGUGUAGCAUGCUUCACCCAACUUUGAACAUUUGUUAUUCCAAAAAAGGAAUUAUUUUGGCAGCAGAGCUUUUCUGUGUCUGUUAAACAGGUCUUAGCAAUACAGGUUUAUUAAUGUCAUCCAAAGACUAGGGUCAAAAAGAAAAAAAGGGGGGAAAGACUACUAUAUACAUUAUACAGGGGGGAAAUUGUUCCUUCUAUGUGGCCAGUUCCAGUUUCCUGAUGUAGAGGGCCUAUGUAAGCUGCCAUCAUGCCUCAGGCUAGAGCCAAGAGAUCUAUUUUAGGCAUGUCCAAAGGCUUCAUCAACCUCAAUAGACUUUCUGGUCUAUUACCCUCCACCAAGCCAUUUAAAAAAAGCAAGUUAUUUUCAAAAGUUUUCUCGGUUCACAAAUGUUGUGUCAUAGAACAUAAAACACAAGCUGAAAGUUGUAUUGGUUACAUAGAAAUAGGUAUGUGGUUCUUUGACCCUGAGCAUAACAACUAUUUAUGUAAGCAUUGCAACAAUUAGACCAUAAAAGGGAUUGGUCCGUUUGUGGCAUGAGAUUCUUGUGGUCAUCUCAUAAAUAUGAUUCCUACCACAAUUAUGUCAGAACACAGUAACAUGACAUUGACUACUAAAAACACAAAACUAAAGACUUAUUAUUAAGUAGCUUAAGUCAAUUGAUUAUAAUAAGUGUACUCUGAAAGUGAUUUAACACUGGAGUCAUAAUUAUUCAGAAAUGAAAGAGCUAUUGUCUGCAGAACUUUUUUUGCUGCCAGCAGCUUUAGCUCUCCAUAGUUGUCAAAUUACCACAUUUCACAAAUGCUAAUUUAAUUUAUUUAAAAAGCUAAUUUAUUUUUACUCAGAACAGAAAAGUAAAAAGACUAUUACCAUAUAUACAGUUUGUUACAUAAAGUGCAAAUCUAUCACUAGUGUGAGACAAGCAUGGAAAGUAUGUGUGGGGAAGAUUAAAUUAAACCAUGUUGGCAAUUUACAUAUUAGAGAACUAUAUAAAGAAAACAUGUUUUGUUGUAAUUAUAAGAAAGAAAGGCAGUAAUGUAUUUGAAAUGUGUAGCUGAAACUUAAAAGUUAAACAGGCCUAAAACAGGAAAAUAAAUGUUGGCCUAAGUAUGCAAGGAAAGUCACUGGACAUUAUAAGGUCAGGAAAACUAUAAAUAUUUACUAUUCUGCUCCAGAGUGAUUUUAUAAAGGUUUUAUUAUAUGCAAUAUACUGUAAUUGAUAAGUACUUCAUACAUGUCAUAUUUAAAUGAAGCUUUUAAAACAAGUACUUAAGAAUACAGACUACAUUCAGAGCAGAUUCAAGCAUUACAUUUUGAAUUCUAGUAAAAAAUGUGCUGGCUAUGUGUCUUCCACAAUUAACAUGGAAGGAACAAAUGAGACCUGGCCCCACGUGCAGUCCAGGUUCCGACAAACUUUCAAAAACCAUGGCUUAUGAAUCUGGGAAGAAGUGUCAGGGCUAAGCAAAGAACACUCCCUCUUCCAUUUAGCUUUGGGCAAUCAUUCCUUGCUGGUACAAAACUAAAGGUAGCAUUAUAUUAAAUCACUUUGUGCAUGGAAAAGCCCAGAGUACUUUCUUAUGUCCCAACCAGGGAACUCUGUGCUAUCAGGAAAAGAAAAAUAUACCCUUUGUGACUAGUAGGAAAAUGCAAUAGGCUAGUGGAAGCUACUCUGCUUAAUAGAAGGCUUUUUUAAAGAAACAAAAACAAAGAACAAGUCUACCAAGAGGUUAGAAAUCUAAGUUCCCAUGUGAAGUGCCAAGUAUGGGAUUUUUCUUCUAUGGACAACAUGGAAAUGCAGAGUGAUAAACUUGUAGCAGUCUAGCACCUUCCUUGGUCGCGCUGCUCGAUGAUCUCCGACGAGCUAGAGACAAAGGUGAGAGCUGUUUCCUAGUUCUGCUGGAUCUCUCAGCGGCCUUUGACACCAUCGACCAUAACAUCCUUCUGGACCGUCUAGAGGGGCUGGGAGCUGGGGGCACUGUUAUACAGUGGUUCCGUUCCUUCCUCCUGGGCCGUGUUCAGAAAGUGGUGUUGGGGGAUGAGUGUUCAGACCCCUGGGCACUCACUCGUGGGGUGCCUCAGGGUUCCGUUCUCUCCCCCAUGCUUUUUAAUAUCUAUAUGAAGCCGCUGGGAGAGAUCAUCAGGGGGUUUGGGCUGGGUGUUCAUCAGUAUGCAGAUGACACCCAGCUCUACCUUUUAAAUCAGAACCAGUGAAGGCGGUGAAGGUCCUGUGUGAGUGCCUGGAGGCGGUUGGAGGAUGGAUGGCGGCUAAUGGAUUGAAGUUGAAUCCUGACAAGACAGAAGUACUGUUUUUGGGGGGCAGGAGGCGGGCAGGUGUGGAGGACUCCCUGGUCUUGAAUGGGGUAACUGUGCCCCUGAAGGACCAGGUGCGCAGCCUGGGAGUCAUUUUGUACUCACAGCUGUCCAUGGAGGCACAGGUUAAUUCUGUGUCCAGGGCGGCUGUCUACCAGCUCCAUCUG